GCAGCUUCGUUCGGCCAAUAAGCGUGGCGGGGACCAGUAUGCAUCUGGUGGCUACUGAUUCUUGAUGCGGCUUUCGAUUCGUCAUCUCAACUCUCUUGUGUGAACCGGUUCAUUCGAUCGGCUCCGCACCAACGAAUGGGAAAUGCGGCAGUGCUGUCCUGGCAACAUAUUGGACGGCAUUCGCACCUAUUCGAUCAGUUUACGGGAUCUAUUCGUCGGAGACCUACUCAGGACCUGGCAGGACUUUUCGGUGUCUUGCAACUAUUACGGCCUCGGGUUUCUGGCGACUGUCUUGGUAUCUGGAAGCUUAUCCCACGCGGUAUCUCAACUCUCAGGGCGUUACGGCGGGCGACCAUCACUACUCAGCAUUGUGAUUUUCGUCAGCACGACACCUAAUACUUGGACGCUGAGCACAGCUCUACUGGACAUUCCCCGGAUGAUCACUAGUUCUACGGCGCUACUCUGCAUUAAUUCUGCCCUUUCCUUGUCUUUAUUGCGUGUUUUCCUACAGCAUUUCCUUCGUGCGUUCUCCCCCCUUCGGACAUGGUCUACCAGCUUGUGGGGAGGUCAAGAUUAUAAGGGGACGAACACAUCUAAAUUGCAAACAUAGCUGGAGUGGUGGCUCAGCAAGGGGACGGGUAGUAGACCAGAGGGUGUAUUGGUUGGCAGCUAUACAGAUGGAAGGACUUCUCAAGGGGCCGCUUCCGGGGGAGUGUAGAGGGGUCUAGCCUGCUACCAUUGCAUCUGCGUCUGUAGUUGGGUGGUCGACGACAGGUGGUUUACUUUACAAUACAGUCUCCUUUGUUC